ACUCUCUGAUGCUGGGGACAGAGGUCGACCUGCAGCAGGUGGAGAACACUGUGUUUGCCAUAGAGACUGUGUUCAAGGCAUGGCUUCAAGAACAGGGUGGAGACAGAGAGCACCUUCACCUCUUGCUACCAAGCCCCAUGGAUAACCUCAUUCCAGUGUGCGUGAAGUGUGACAUGCAGGAGCGCAUGAUAAGCCCGGCGCUCAUCCCGCUGACCCCGAACCUGGGAGUGAAGACUGAGAGCAUUCGGGACUUCCUGCCUGGCCCUAAGGGCUUGGCCAAUCAAAGCCCAGCACCGCAGACACUGAAAGUGAUCAAAGUUCUGCGUGCAGACGGAGUGUGUGAGAGUGUGUUGUACGGCCUUCCGCUGGUGAUCCGCCCAACCACCUGCUGGCAGCUGGACUGGGAUGAAAUGGAGAACAACCAGAACUUGUUCCAUGCCCUCUGCCACACACUCAGGAGUCGUGACCUGUUCCUGCUGCUGCAGGUGGAGCCGGCUCAGAAGUCUGCAGCUGGAGCCUCAGGUGUGUAUUCCCACUACAUCCUCCAGCCAUCUUCAUCUCUGUCCCUGCUGCUGAAGCCUGUGGUCUCCAGAGAGUUGCUGCUGCCGUGCUCACAGCUGGUCUCGGCUCAGGACCCUGCACAUCACGCCAUGCAGACUAUACAGAGCUGUCUCACUCAGCUGGAUGAGGAGUUUGUUUUAAACCCUCUCACCCUGAGCAGUAACCUCUACCAGCACCUCAGGAGCCGAGGCCUGCUCUCCCAGCCACGAUACCCAUACAGGAUUCAGCCACCACAGGAGGGCCCUAAAAGCACAGGCAGCAGACAGCCACGGCAGCUACAAAACUACAGUCGCCAACUGGGAAUGAACAAGGUCAGGGCCACCGUUGCUCCGCUACCCUCCUCCUCCGCCGCCUCCUCUUCCUCCUCGCUGGGACCUCCUCCCAGCAAGGCCUCCCGCCCAGCUCUGAACUUCCUCAGCAGCAGCAGCAGUGGCAGCAGUCGGGCCCCUACCCGGCAAGAGGGAAACGAUGAUGAUGAUGAUGAUAACUCUGUGCUAAUACAGUAAGAGUGCUGCAGGGUUAGUAGCAGAAAGUGAGGAAAAGUCCAUUGUUGCACACUUCAAAGGGGUUCCAGUGGAAUUAGCGCACCUGCAAAUAUAUAGGCCCUCACACACACACACACACACACACACAUAUUUGGCUAAUUGGUCUCCACUGUAAAGCUGGUGAGCAAUCAGGCAGCUCAUAAAGGCUUUAAAGAAAGGAAGAGACAAGCUAAUUUGCACGUAAAUGCACACAGGAGGCCGUGCAACACGCUGCGAGCACACUUACUCUGCACUGCACUCUGGGUGGUUCUUCUGACACUUUCUUUCAUCUCUAUUUAUUCUCACCGCUCGCUCGAACAAUAUUAGUUAGAUCUGAAUUUAACAAGCCUCCGUCGCUGCAUUUGCAAGCAUGUGCGUGUAUGUGUGCGAGCGUGAAUGUGAGAAAGGAAAGUUUCAGCUCGCUGCCAUGUGCAGAUUGCUGAGUUAGCAAAACGUCAAAAUCACACACCGUAAACAAUGAAAAAGAAAAAAGCAGGAUAAAAGAUGAAAAGAAGGGAAGCGGCAGGACAAUGAAAGCCUUAAACAGUCACCCAAAAAAAAAUGGGGGGAAGUAAUAAGAAGUUGCAAAAAAAAAAAGAACAAACGUGGGUGGUGUGUGGGAGAUCAGAGGAAGAUUAAAAGCUGAUGGAUGUAUAAAAAGCAGUGUCUGUGCGCUACAGCACGCACGCUGGCACGCACAGCUUUAAGUCAAAAGGAAACUAGCUACAAAACUACAAUUGAUGCAUAAUAAACGAGACGUGCUGCAUAAAGACUUAUAGCGCGCACACAUGCACAUUCCAUCUUGAGCUCCCGUUCGAACACAGCUUCACUGUUUCAGCGAGCCAGAGACAGAGAGGCCUCUCUGCUCGCCUUUACCCCCGCCGCCAGCUCUCUCUCAGAGGGUUUAAAGGCAGCGUGAGGGGGAGGAGGGUGGAUGGAAGAAAACUGAUAAAAUCUCCAGUGUGUUCUGUGAAAACGUGAAUAUGACAACUUUGCAUUGGAAAAAAACACUCCGUUGUGUCUGCGAGUGAGUGAGUGUGUGUG